UCUUGCACAAAACUUUGGCAAAUGUUCAAGAGGCCAGCGUUGAGUCUCUGUUCAAUGCUGUGUCCCUGUGGAUAUGGGAGGAAAUAUAAGACAGACAUCCAGUCCUGGACUUCAUUUAGCCUUGAACAACAAGCAAGAAAGCACAUCUCAGCGGACUUAACUAGAAGGAAUGCCAGUUUACAAAGAGAGUACAUGCAACCCUGUGUGGAUUUAAUCACUGGAAAUGACCGCUAUGCUUAACAACUCCCUCCCCUUCACAACAGAGGGGACCAACUUCUCGUCUGUCAACGGAUCCCUGAACGGGACGCUGCCAGUGCCAUCAUGCCCCUCUGUCUCACUCUCUGAUUACCAGUCUGAGCUCAUCCCAGCGAUAUACAGCAUCAUAUUUAUUUUGGGGUUCAUUGGAAACAGUGUGGUUGUGGUAGUGCUGUGUCUACAAAUGGGAUGUAAAACAGUGGCAAGCACUUAUAUCCUGAACUUAGCCAUCUCUGACCUCCUCUUCUUGACCAGCCUCCCGCUCUGGGCCGUCUACUAUGCUUUUGGCUACAACUGGAUUUUUGGGGCUGUAAUGUGCAAGAUUUGCGGCUCCUUGCUGUGCAUCAAUUUAUACGCCAGCAUAUUUUUCAUCACUUGCAUGAGCGUGGACAGGUACCUGGCCAUCGUCUAUCCUUUCCGGUCUCAGAGGCGCAGGAGUCUUUGCCAGGCUCAAUCAGUUACCUUCCUGGUGUGGACGUUGGCUUGCCUCUCCACUCUGCCCACCAUGUGUUUCAGAAACACGUACAACAUCCCGGAGCUCGGGGUCAUGGCGUGCGUUAUGGAUUUCCCGAACCCCCGUGAAAGUUGGUUUGUGGCCAUGGCCCUAAUGAAGAACAUACUGGGCUUCCUGGUCCCGUUCACAGUGAUUGCCAGCUGUUACAUCGGUAUUGGGAAGCACUUACUGGGGGCAACAGGACUGGACAAAAACACCCCAAAUCGAGACCGAGCCUUGAGGAUGGUUGUGGCCGUGAUGCUGGCAUUUUUCUUCUGUUGGUGUCCCUUCCACAUUAUCACCUUCCUGGAUGUCCUGACCAGACUGAACUUGAUCCAGAGCUGUGGGGUGAAAGCAAUGAUAGACACUGCAGUGCCUUUUACGCUCUGCAUUGCUUUUGCCAACAGCACCAUUAACCCUUUCCUGUACUGCUUUGUGGGCAUUCAUUUCAGGGAACAGUUCAGACGCCUGUCAGAGAGAAGGCUCCCUCACAUCUUCAGUAAGAGGGGCUCGACCAGCACGAGGCUCAGCUCCUUCUCCAGGAAGCUCAGUGACGUCAAGGAGGGGACAAAGGGACCCUAAUGGAAGGGUCCUCCAGUCUUCAGCCAUGCUGGCCAGUGAAUGGAGAGUGGAUCUCUGUACUGUGUUAUGCACCCCAGUCAGAAUCGACUGGUCUUAAUGUGCAGCUUGCACUGGUAACAAUCCCUUACUAAUUGUUACUACACCUUUUAAGUAACAUUUAAUACUGGGUUAUACUGAUGAAUGUCUUAGUAAGUACAGUAAGGAGGCUGAUGUUGUUCAGCAGUCCCUAUACAACAUAUGGGUUCCAGUUUUUAUUUAUUAAUAACUAACGAGAUAUUAUACCCAAAGGACUUAUACAUAGCUUUUUAUAACUCACUUGGAAUAAUACAGAAUAUGUACAAUAUAAUAUUUGUAAGGAUGUUUUUGAUUGCAUACAAUAUUUUUAAAUGUAACACAAUAUAAACUCUAAAGAAUUAUACAAAAAAUAUAUAUUAUUGUGUUGCCUCUAAAGAAUUAUAUUUUUUAUAUAUAAUUCAAAAUAUGUAAAAAAUAAAUAAACAACUUUCAUUUGUGUAUUUGUGUUCAAAUAACAAAUAGACAUUUGGUAUCUGAGAACAUACUGCACAACAAGAUAUUUAUUUAUUUUUUCUUGUCACAUUAAAGCUGUAUUAUUUUGUAAAAAACAAACUUCUGCAGUCACGUUUGUCAAUAUCUUUACCAACUAUGUCUUGAAUUGCAGUGCAAUGACAGUAUAUGGGUACUGCUGCAGUAAUGCAGUUAGAGUGCUGUAGCACAAGGCAUGGGCCAUUGAGAGCACAGUACCAUGGUGGUAACACACUGCUUAUCCAUAUGAGUACCAGUGCAGUAGCAUAUACUGCAUACCCUAUACAUCACACACCAAAAAGGGCACUUAUACUGCAUACCCUAUAGAUAACACACUGAAAAAGGGCACUUAUACUGCAUACCCUAUACAUAACACACUGAAAAAGGGCACUUAUACUGCAUACUCUAUACAUAACACACUGAAAAAGGCACUUAUACUGAAUACCUUAUACAUAAUACACUGAAAAGGGCACUUAUACUGCAUACCCUAUACAUAACACACUGAAAAAGGCACUUAUACUGAAUACCUUAUACAUAAUACACUGAAAAGGACACUUAUACUGCAUACCCUAUACAUAACACACUGAAAAGGGCACUUGUUGAAACAUUUGCCUACUGUUUAUUUUUACUCAUUUUAUGAUUUAGUGUUUAAAUUGUCGUUUCUCUCCUGCACUGAAUCUCCUUGCCAGGCUGCUCUGUUAAGGGUCUGUAAAGACUGCCUUCGAGUCUCGCUUAGUCUCCUCAUUCUUGUUGAAUAACCACCAGUCCCUGAGACAGGGAGUCUGGCAGUCCUUGCAUGGUUUAGGUUUUCUUCACCCAGUAGUAUCCGUUUGUAUCCAAGGUCUCCUGCUCCAGUCUCUGUAUGCUGUUAUUGGGCUCAGCAGUGGUGCUGCAGUAUGCAGAUGGCAAACAGAGGUUUUAUUACCUCCUUCUAAUAAUGAUGGGCUUCGAGUCCCAAAACUGCAUGCACCAGCUGAGAGACCUUCACGUGCCUGAGCAGAGCCUCACUCGGUCCCUUCAAAGCAUAUCAUCACUUGUAUUUAGCAUUGGGAAUGUGCUGAAUCACCCAUUUUAUCGCAUCCUGAAAAACGACAGCUGGAAGCGAUACCCCAUGGCAAGGCGUAUUCCGUAAAACAAUAACCUGUUGAGAAAACGGUAUGGCUCCAGUUCCAUCACUAAAACUAAAAACAUCUGGUACUUGAUUUUACUCUUAGAGGUAUCCGUAUCCACGUUGUUUUGUAAUUGCUGUUAUUUGAAAUAAUUCUCAUCCACUUAUUACAUGCUCUUAAUGGACAUUACUUGUAUGAGCAAACAUUUUUACUAUAAGUUAACUGCUCUUAGUCGAGCUCAUUCUUAAAGGAAAUUAUUUACUGUAUUCUUUAUUUUGCUCUUAUUUGAAUUUGUUCUGAUUUUCUACUGAUUUUACUGUAUUUUAUAACUGCUCUUAUCUGUAAUGUGAUAUUUUGUAAUGUGAUACUUUGUACAGUGAUAUUUUGUAACAAUUGCAAAUUGCCCUGGAUAACAGCGUCUGCUAAGAAAUAAAUAAUAAUAAAAUAAUAAUAAAACUUUUUAUUCACAGUCA